AUGGCGCCUCAACAACAAAGUGCCCCAGUCCCUUUCCCGACAUCUACCGCCAUGCCUCCACCACCUGUACCUGUCAAUCAACCUAUGAGUGGCCAACCACGUCAACGAACGGCCAGUAAACCAUUCGCUGCGCCUGCUCCUGCUUCUGCACCUUCGAUCGGUAGUGGAGCAGCUUGUGCUACAUGUCAAAAAUGGAUCGGAGGUAGAGUGGUUCAUGCGAUGUCACAUACAUUCCAUCCUGAUUGUUUCGUUUGCUCGCAUUGUAGCGAAGCAUUGGAACAUGUUGCCUUCUACGAACAUGAAGGCAGACCAUAUUGUCAUUUUGACUUUCACGAAUUGUUCUCCAAGCGCUGUUUCCAUUGUAGAACGCCAAUCGUUGAUCAACGAUAUAUCACGAUCAAUGAUGUAGAAUUGGUCGGAAACGAUGGAACAGGUGAAACGCAAGAAAGGUGUUAUCAUGACAUGCACUUCUUUUGUGCAAAUUGCGGCGAUCCAUUCUUGGAUCCAAAGUUGGCAAAUGGUCACGUUCGCUUUGGCGGAAGAGAAUUUGUUGUUCACAAGGGAUACCCUUAUUGUGAACAUUGUCAUGUUUCUUUGCAUAAACCUAGAUGUAAAGGAUGCAAGAACCCGAUCAUCGAUGAAGAAUACCUUACUGCUUUGCGUGGUAAAUGGCAUAUCGGAUGUUUCUGCUGUGAACGUUGUCAACAUCCGAUCGAUUCGGACAACUUCUUUGUUCGUGAUGGUCAAGCAUACGAUGAAGAAUGCUACAAGAUUAAAUUGCGCAGUGAGCUGUAA